AUGGCCAAGAACGGCAUAACUGAUGUGACAAGAUGGGAGAAACAGAUUUUACAAAUAUACCCACCAACAACAGAGCCAGCACAGCAUACAUUAAUCACUACAGUGGUGCUAAUAUCAUGUACUCUUAUGGGAACCUGUGGAAAUGCAUCGCAGGUUUGUUUGCAGUGGUAUACCAAACGAUUUAGCAUCAAGAAUGAAGAUCAAAGUUGCACGCUUUUUCAGUUUAAAGAAUACGUGCCGAAAACUAAAGGUAUAUUUCCAAUAACUUCUUUCAUUUUUGCUGCUGGAUUCCUCGCUGUCUCCCUUCCGUUCCUGUACCUCAUUAAGGUUACUGAAACAGUACUUUAUGAAGAACUUGGGAACGAUCCUAAUACAUUACUACAAGUGAUAACUUCCUCAUGUUCAGCAAGAUAUCUCAGCUCUAUGCUUACCGUAGCUAAUGGAUCCAACUUUGUAAUCGAAUUUCUUGUGCCACUAGCCACCAUUCUGAAAAUAUCAGGAUCCGCUACUCCCCACUGGUUCAAUAUCCUACUCGAAAAUUGCGACUUGCUAUUACCCGGUAUUAAUGCAAGCAUAUCUUGGAUACCAGCACGAUACUUAUCAUCAUACUACGUUGCUUACACAUCGCUCGACGGCCCUUCUGGAGAUACGAAACUACUAGUCAAACAAUCAUGUUAUCACAAGAGUAACACAGCCAACACAGACUCGCGGAAAUGCCAAAACCACUCCGCAGAAAAACUGCCAAAUUUGGAAUCUCACUCGCAUAUUGAGGACUUAACAAGCAAAGCCGGAAUGGAACUCGAACGAACCAAUUCGCUUCCUACUUCGAAAAGACUAAGACAGAACGAUGUACAAGAAAUGAAGACACGUCCAUAA